AUGUUCGCCGUACCAGGAUGGUCCGUCUCGGCGGACGCCCUGAAGCCCGAAACUCAGAGCGGCAAGAAGAAGAACAACACGUCGAAGAACAACAGCGCGAAGAAGCGCAAGAGGGCCAACAAGGAGGAAAAGAUCCCCGGCACGGGUGCGAACUCGGUCAUGGUCAACCAGCGUGUGUUUGGAGAGGGGAAGGAUGACGAGUCCAAGAAGGGGGGCAAAAGAGCUGCGCCGGCGAACGAGGUUGAGGACGACGACGCCGACGAGGCGACCACCCCCAAGCCGAGCAAGAAGCAAAAGAAGGACAGGAAGAGCGAAGGAGACGCACAGGAGACGCCCAGGUCCGACAAGAAGGACAAGAAGCAGAAGAAGGACAAGCCGAGCAAGCACGAUGAGCCAUCCUCGGGAACCCCCUCCAAGGCCCAGAAGCAAACGCCCAGCAAGGAACCCACUGCCGAGGACAAGAAGAAGGCGACCAAGGAAGCCGCGGCCGCCAUCGCCGCCUCCGUACCCCCCGUCCCGCCGCCCGCGGCCAAGCUCACCCCGCUCCAGCGCUCCAUGCGGCAAAAGCUCAUCUCGGCGCGCUUCCGCCACCUCAACGAGACGCUCUACACCCGCCCGUCGGCUGAGGCCUACCAGCUCUUCGAGGACUCACCUGAGAUGUUCUCCGAGUACCACGAAGGGUUCCGCCGUCAGGUCGAGGUCUGGCCCGAGAACCCCGUCGACGGGUACAUCCGCGACAUCAAGCUCCGCGCAAAGGCCCGCUACCCCAACGCCCGCGGCCGUCCCGGGGCGCAACCCGUGCCCUCCGGGCCCGCCCCGCUCCCGCGCACCGACGGCGUGUGCCACGUCGCGGACCUGGGCUGCGGCGACGCCCGCCUCGCGUCGACGCUGGAGCCCGAGGCCAAGAAGCUCAAGCUCAACGUCCUCAGCUACGACCUGCACUCCCCCGCCAAGCACGUCAUCAAGGCCGACAUCGCCAACCUGCCGCUGGCCGACGACUCGGUCGACGUCGCCAUCUUCUGCCUCGCGCUCAUGGGCACCAACUGGAUCGACUUCGUCGAGGAGGCCUACCGCAUCCUCCACUGGAAGGGCGAGCUCUGGGUCGCUGAGAUCAAGUCCCGCUUCGGCCCCGUGCGCCAGAAGAACGCCGUCGUUUCGCACAGCGUCGGAAACCGCAAGAAGGCGGCGGCCGCCGCCGCCGCAACCAAGAAGGCCAAGGGCGGCGAGCCGGAGGAGACGGAUGCGGACCGCGUCGCCCUCGCCGUCGAGGUCGACGGCCACGAGGACAAGCGCGGCGAGACGGACGUGUCGGCCUUUGUCGAGGCCCUGAGGAAGCGCGGCUUCGUGCUGGCGGGCGAGGGCGAGGGCAACAGGGGCGCCGUGGACCUGUCCAACAGGAUGUUUGUCAAGAUGCGCUUCAUCAAGGGCGCGGCGCCCACCAAGGGCAAGGGUCUCGCUGCGGCCAAGGCGGCCGGCUUCGUCGAAAAGGAAAAGAAGCAGAAGCGCUUCGUGUGGGACACGGAGGAGGACAAGGUGGACGAGACGGCCAUCUUGAAGCCGUGCGUGUACAAGAUCCGGUGA